GAAGGAGCUUUCAGGUUCGUCCGCAUGAACGCAACGGAAGUCCGCUUUAAAAGAUGGACCCCCGCGGUGCCACUCAAAACACCGGACAAUAUCGUGUCCUCGAGCUACACGACGACGAGAGCAUUCGUGCCGUCGUACGAAAAAGAAAGACGUCCUCGUAUCGAACAAUUACUCUCGAACGACUAUCAGCGUAUUUGGUGGCACGAGAAACAGGCCUGGGACAAGACCAUAACUGCCCGAAAAAUUACGACUAAAAAAAUACUACCUCGUAUGAUGAUUAAGAAAAAAGUUCCGACAUGCGUGACCGUCAAGUAUCCAACAAGAGCGGGACGAUCGAGAGGAAGAAGGAAGGAAGAUUUAAAAAAAAAGUCCGAGUCGAAGAUUGAAGAAGAAACAAUUUCUGCGAAACGAAAUGAUGAUACGAAAUUAGAAGAACAUGAAGAAAAGAAAUCGGAAAAAUCUGAGGAGACUAAAUCAGAGAAAUUCGAGGAAACUAAAUCAGAGAAAUUCGAGGAAACUAAAUCAGAGAAAUCCGAGGAAACUAAAUCAGAGAAAUCCGAGGAAACUAAAUCAAAGAAAUCCGAGGAAACGAGAUUAGAAAAAUAUGAAGAAACAGAAGAAGAAAAAUACGAGGAAACUAAAUCGGAGAAAUCCGAGGAAAAGAGAUUAGAAAAACACGAAGAAAGAGAAGGAGAAUUAUACGAGGACGCGAAAUCAGAAAAAUAUGAAGAAAUAAAGUUAGAAAAAUUCGAGAAAACAAAAUCAGAAGAACGCGAGGAAACACAAUUAGAAGAUAACGAAGAUAUAAAAACAGAAAAAUAAAAUUAGAAAACAGAA